AUGAGACUUCAGGAUUGGAUGCACUUGACCACUCCGAAAGCUAUUCAUUCAGGUGCGGUGGAUUUCUUUAGUUCUUUUCUUAGGGCUAGACCACAUAGAGAUCUUCCAGAUUUGUCGGCGUAUGUGCAAAAUUCUGUUUUAGAGGAGGAGAAUGAUUGCCUCCUUCAGCUCCCUUCGAUCCAAGAGGUAAAAUAUGCAAUGUUUUCCAUUAUGGUAGAUAGUAGUCCUGGCCUUGAUGGGUUUGGCUCUGGAUUCUAUAGAGCGUGUGGGGAUAUUGUUGAAGCUGAUGAGGUGGCAGCAGUUAGAGACUUGUUCAGUGGGGUUUCGAUGCCUAGAUUCUACUCGGCUUUUUAUAUUGUGCUCAUCCUGAAAAUACAGCAACCUACAGGUUUUGAUAAAUUUCGGCCUAUAAGCUUAUACUCUGUUGUUUAUAAGGUAUUUUCAAAAAUUCUGGUUCGAAGGAUGUCUCCCAUUCCGAGCAAAAUUAUCUCCCCUAAACAAGGGGCUUUCUUGCCUAGGAGAAGCAUAGUUGAAAAUAUUACGUUGGCCCAAGAAAUAAUUCAGAUGAUAAACAAAAAGGUUCGUGGGGGAAAUACUCAUAUUAAAGUGGACAUGGCCAAGGCGUAUGAUUGUAUUGACUAG